AUUUAUUUGUUUAUUUAUCAUUUCUACUUGAUUGUCCCCUCGAGAGAUUGAAAUCCGGUUAUCAUAUCGAACGCCCACUUUGUAUAAUGUUAUAUCACAAUUGAAUUAAUAUUUAUUUUCAGCUGCGAGUUCGUGGAAAUUCAACAAUAUGAUGACUUAGAAAUUGAUAAUCACUUCGAUUUGAGAAUUGCUAACAUGCUGUGGGAAUUACGAGAAGAUGACAACAGACUUUAGUUCAGCUGCUGUUCCCCAAUUCUACGGGCAAGCUUACGAUAUCUGCUCUAGCAAUGGAAGUAUCCAUCCGGAAGUGUUCCACUGCCUUCUUUCGCAAUGUAAAUUAUCGACUUCGCAGACACAAAAUAUAUUAAGUAUAUGCAACUUGAAGGACACAUCGGAGGAACCGAUAACCAGAACGAAUUUUUACAAAACGCUGGCGCUGAUAGCAUGGGGACAGCAGGGAAAACAAUUAUCGGACAAACUCCUAAGCAACUGUUUCCAAAAAGAGUAUCCUACUCCGGAAAUCGACAUGGCUCCAAUAAAGCAUCUCAAAGCGCAACUCCUAGCGAAAAACAAACCAAUAGGAUUUUCCUACUCAACCAUCACCCAAAUGGAUAAUAUAAACGUUCAUCUUGUACCUGAGAAAAAAGGAUUAUUUUUGAAAUACUCUGAAUACAUUGUUACCUCAAGGAGAUUCGACAGCAAAGUCACCAGAAGAUAUAAUGACUUCGUGGCUUUGAAAGAAUUGUUGCUGAAUCGUUUUCCAUAUAGGCUAGUACCGUCACUACCACCCAAAAAAAUUGUUUCUGAUGCACAUUUUUUAGAAUCUAGGCGAAGGGCUCUCCACAGGUGGCUAACUUUGGUGAGUAGGCAUCCUGUGAUAUCCUUAGAUUCGAUGGUACAGUUUUUUCUGACCGACCAAGGUCCCGAUUGUCAGUACCGAAUCAGGGACAUAUUCGGCAGGGUACCGGACGAGUUUAUGACGUCAGAUGUCGCUGCUACUGCAAAGGAAUUGUUACCCCCUGAUUAUAGUCAAUUAGCGGUGAGUUCUCAAAAUUUACGAAAUCUAGUUAAUAUAGUCAGUAAAAUAAAACACCUGACUGACGAAAACGUGGAACGGUUGACAUCUGCUGGGAGAGAUUUAGAAGAGCUACUGACCCAAAUCAACAAUCUUAGUACUAUCGAUAUUGAACAGACUCAAAGCCAUCUGGAGGACUGGAGACAGAUGCAGAGGGGAUUCAGCAUCAUGUCCAGGACACAAUUGUCCAGCAAACUGAGCCACCACGCUUUCUUGGAACAAAAUGAGAUAUGCGAAAAGAUAGGCCUACUUCUAGAUAUCCUAAUAGCCCACAAAGAUUUGUGCGAAAGAUUAGAAAAGGGCCUGCAUAAUGAUCACGCAAGCGCUCUGUCCAAAUUGCUGGCUCUGAAGAAGAAGAAAAUACAGGGUGUCAUCAGAGGAACUGACGCCGAAAGUGUGGAACACUUGGAAUCGAAGAUGUUCACUCAGGAGAACGUUAUUACCAACAUGGAGCUCAGGGCGGAUUUCAGUUUAUAUUGUGUGCACCAAGAAACGCAGCUGGUGUACGCAUAUUUGGGAACACUGUCUGAUAUCAUGCAAAGCUUUCUAAAACUCAAAAUACUGUCCCAUUCCGAGCUCCAUGAUGCUUGGACUCAAGUACAAGUUUCUACUCAGCAAUAUUUUCGCAAGGAUAUACAGGGUAACGGGAUGCCCUAAACAACUUGUAAUUUCCUGAAAAUGUGGUGAUUACUUAAAAGUAAUAAAUUUUGUUUUUACUGGUUAUCAGUUUUCCAAAUGGUUGUCUACGAACCUGUAGUCUUUAAAUUUUUUAUUGAUGAAAAGUAAUCUGCAUGAUUUUUUUCAGUUGUUUCAUUUUGUAGUAGUACAUUUCAAAAAUAACGAGCUACUUAAGAAAAAGACGAAAAAUUUCAUUAUCCUAUGAAAAUGAAUUUGAAUGAAAAAUAUCUUGAAUCUCUUGGAAUAAUGUUUUUGUGAACUUUUAGGAUCCAUGUUUGUUAAUAUAUAUUAUUAUGUUGAUGUUUUAGUUUUUAGAAAGUAAGGAAAUUGACAGAUGUAGUAGAUACAUAUUUAUUUUUGUUUUGAUUGUUGAAUUCAUGUUAUCGCAGUGAAAUAGUUACUUCUGACAACCGUACUCUUAAAUCAAGUCAUCUCGAUCCUGUGAUAGAUUUCGUUUUAAAAAAUCUGCCGAAACUUUAUUAAUUCACCGUUGAUCUUUUGGCAGAAUUGUUUUUACAAUAUUAAAUGAGACUAUAAAAUUUGAGAUAAUUUUAUUAGAAGAGGGGAACACAGUCACAUCACUUUUAUCUUCCAUUUUUCCCAGUGAAAGUGGUUUUAUUCGUCUUAUUUAUAUAUGUUGUUUCAUUUAUAUGACUAUACUCAUACUUAUUGUGCAUUUCAUUAUUAUAAUAAAAUUUUUAUUAUGUUGUUGAUCAAA